CAAGAAAGACUUCAGGCAUUUUAGGUUUCUAGCAAAAUACGUGUCGUUGUUUGGUAUUUUGCCGCUGAUACAGGGAAGAAAUUUUAAGCUACCCAAGAGACGAUGGGCACUUUGCUACGUUUUGAUCCAACUAUCUUUUAUUUGCGUCUUAUCCAUACCGUUAGCAUUGAUUAAAAUCGCCAUUUUCUUUUCGAGAUUGCACUACAUCGUUUCCAUUACUGGCGAAUUAAUAUGGGGCUGCCUGAUUGUCACCUCGUUGGUCAAAUCUUACACCAAAAGAUACUUGUGGGUGGAGUUGUAUCGCAAAUUCCAGGUACUCGAAAGUUUCGAAUUUUUGAAUACGCAAGGAUCUCGAGAGAAAUAUUCGAUUCGCACAAUGCCGUAUGGGCUGGUUUAUCACGUCAUCACUUUUCUCUGGAUCUGUUUGGGGUAUGUUUUGUAUUCAGAUAGCCUGAAUCUUAUUUAUUUUUUUGCGUUUACCCUGAGACUGUACUUCGUUUUCUUCUUAUGUACCACCACAACGAGUUUGGUUUCGACGAUGGCUGUCAAAUAUGAUAACGUGAAGAAUUUUCUGAUAGUAUCAAUGCGUCAUUCCGGAUUCCAUUCGAAGAAGAUUAUUAAAAAGUCUCAGCACAUGUAUAUCGCAAUGACGGAAAUUGUGGAUAUUUUUAACAAAUUAAUUGGACACCAGUUACUUCUUUUAAUGGCAUAUCAAUUAAUUGAAUUUCUCGCACACUGCAAUCUCAUUUUUAUGUUGAAGGAUUUGCUUAGGAAAAAACCUUCGACGCUGCUUACCACACUAUGGACGGUGCUGCCAAUGGUGAUUCUACCGCUACAUGCGUUGAACAGUUUUGAAGCGGCAAAGAGAAAAGAGCGGGGAAUGAUACCAGUUUGUUAUACCAUUCAAAAGCGAUUUGAAAACGCAAAAGAUGAACAGUAUCACGACCUUCAAAAUCUAGCUAAAUUGGUCCACAGCAGAAUUCCCAGAAUUGUUGCAGCCGAUUUUUUCGAAUUGAACAGUUCAGAAAUGUUUUCGCUUAUAAACGUCGGGGCAAUGUAUUUUAUUUUAAUUGCACAGAUGUACAACAUAAAGUGUUAACUCUCCUAAACUCUAGAAGUCUAGAAAAACGUCUAGUAUAAUUUAAUAAAAUAUAACACCUAUCAAAAUACAUAAUUUAAAACAGAAAUUCGUCCUAAUUUAUGAUAUUGGAAAGUAAGAUGCAAUAAAUAUAUUUUUUUGAGAUUUAGUUUUGGUAACGAGCGAGUGUCCUAUAUUAACAUGUUUUACACAUAGAAUAAUUCAAUUCAAUGAUGCGUUUCACUAAUACAGACACAUAGAAUAAAUUCAAAUUCAAUUAUGCGUUUCACAAACACUGUUUGGGGAGACUGCUAGAAUCAUUUGCCCAUUGCCGACUUCCGUCCAGGAUUUUCGCUUCAUAAAAAACCGGCAUCCCCCCGCUUCCAGCACGGACCAUCCUGGCCCAUCCGGCCUCCAUACUGGCGUGAACGGUUAAAACAGCGGGGCCGGCGGGCCUUUUACACUUAAAACAAACACCAAACACUGCCGAAACAGAGUCACACAAAUUGAAGACCGAUACCAAGGUUUUUCGAACGAAUACAUCGGAUUCUGCUAGGAGCGAACGGAGGUUAAACCGCCGCGUGCUCCACCACAGAAUCACACAUAGAAUAAUUCAAAUCAAUUCAAUUAUGCGAUUCACAAAAAAAGUUGGGCCCGACUGCUAGGAUCAUUCGCCCAUUGCCGACUUCCGUCGAGGAUCUUCGCUUUUGGUUAUGGACCAACACGUACAAAGAAGACAUAUAACCAAUAUUUGCUCAACUAGCAAAAAACAACUUUGACCGAUACCAAAAAAAAACCGACACCCCCCGCUUCCGCCGCUGACCAUCCGGGCCCAUCCGGCCUCCAUACCGGCGUGAACGGGGAAAAACGAAGGGAUCGGCGACGAUUAUCACUUUACGACGUUCACAAAACACUGAAAACACUAAAUCCAUUCAGUGGAGACCGAUUUCAAAAUUUUUGGACGAUUACAAAGGAUUCUGUAGGGAACGAACGGAGGUUAAACCACCACAGAAUCUCCACAUAGAAUAAAAAAGAAUUAUAUACUUGUCUACCAAUGGAAAACGCAUCGAAUUCCAAAACAUGGAAUGGUUCAAGUAUAGAGGAAAUUUGUAAAGGAAAAGGACGCUGGUCAUUUGCUGUGAGUCCUAUAACCGUUUCAAAGUACCAUUGUGUUUUAUACGAUGUUGCAACGGUCAAUUUGAAAGAUCCUCCAAAACCCCAUUGCAACUUUCAACCUAAACAUUGGGAUGAUGAUCAUGUUCGAAUGCCUUAUUCAAGAAGUAAUCUAUUUCCCGUUAAAGAGGGUAAUACAGAGACUGCCAAGUCAAGAUGGAAACUAAUUACAGACUCCCUUUCGAAAACUAUCACCUCAGCGGAGCAGCUUGAAAACUCAAUCCAUUCUUAUAAUGUUAACCUACCUCGAUUUUCAGCACUACAUUAUUUUUUUUAUGAGGUAUGUAGUGAAGACGAAAGAGACUUAUUCUUUUCUAGUUUGCUACCAAAAAUCAUUACACUAGCAUUGAGUUUGUCAGAAAUUGUACCUGGAAGUUUACCUAUACUGAAGCAAAAUUAUAAUAGAUCAGUUAGCCUCUCUCAGUUACAAAUAGGUUGUCUACUAGCCAAUGCAUUCUUGUGUACUUUUCCUUGGAAAAAAAGAGAUCCUACAAGUCCAGGUGUUCCUGGGGUUAACUUCAUUAGGUUGUUUUCUGCAAAUGAUAGAUUGGAAAGACAGAAAUGUGUAGCUGAGAAAAUAAGAUGCUUAUGUAAUUAUUUUAAAAGGAUAACCGAAAAAGAGCCUGUUGGUGUAAUUACUUUUGAAAGAAAAUUUAUUCCUAGAAGUGAAAUGCCACGCUGGGAUACUGCUGAAAAUAAUUUAGGAAAUACGAAAAUACAUAUAUGCAGUACAGGUACAAUAGAGAAUGAUGGAUUAGGAUUUUUGCAGGUUGAUUUUGCAAAUAAAAACAUCGGAGGUGGAGUUUUAGGUUAUGGGUGUGUGCAAGAAGAAAUAAGAUUUGUUAUAUGCCCUGAGUUAAUUGUAAGCAGAUUGUUUGUUGAACAGUUAGGAAGUGGAGAGGCUGUGAUUAUAACAGGAGCUGAAAGGUACAAUGACUAUUUGGGUUAUGGAGACACAUUUGUGUGGAGUAAAAAUAUCAUUGACGAUGUACCAUUCGAUAUAUAUGGUAGGCGAAGAACGUCAAUUUGUGUAAUAGAUGCAACCAGAUUUCAUAAACCUCAGGACCAGUUCCACAGCUCAUUAAUUUUAAAGGAGCUGAAUAAGGCAUAUGUUGGCUUUAGUUCUAGAGAAAAGGAAAACCUGGCGCCAGUAGCUACUGGAAAUUGGGGUUGUGGAGCUUUUAGGGGUAGCAAGAAACUCAAAACUCUUAUUCAAUUGAUGGCCUGCACAGCUGCAGGUAGAGAUCUGGUAUAUUACUCAUUUGGAGAUGAAGAGUUAAGAGAAGAUUUUUCUAACAUGUACCUGUUUUUAGCAGCUAAUAAGAUAAGUAUAGGGCAACUCUGGAGAUUUCUAUGCCAAUUUUCCACCAAAUCUUUAAAAGAAGAGCAGUUGUACUCAUUUAUCCAACAAUCUUACUUUGAUGUGAAGAAGCAGCCAUCCAUAAAGAGCUUUCUUAUCAAAAGUGAUAAAUUGAAAUCAAAUAUGCCUUCAUCUAUUGAAAAAUCAAAAUGGUCACCAAAAGUAAACUCAGGCAGUUUUAAAGCUAGAUCUCCUAAGAAAUGCAAAAGGGAAGAAGAGGCAAUGGAAAUAGUGGAUGAAUCUUCAUCCUCUGAAGAUAUUAUUCCUUCCAGUCAGCCCAGCCAAGAAAAGUAUAAAAAAAUAAUUAAAGCUAAACCCAGAAUUUCGCCUAGUGAUGUGAUGACUGAUAUAACGCAAUUAUUUGAUAUAUUAGAUGGUAAUGCGAAUCGGAAUCUUGAUAAAAUGGAUGAGGCAGGAUCAUUGUUAUCAGAAUUAGACAAAUACAAAAGAAACUCUGGCAAACUUGAGACGAAAUUAACCGCUAAGGUUGAUGGUCUAGAGGAAGUUAUUGUCAUAAAAAAUGAAGAACCAAUUGAAAAAGUGGAUAAUGUCACCCGAGAAAAUUCAUUAAUAGAGCUAAAAAAUAAGAAAGAAAAGAAAAUAACAGACUAUUUUAUAACAAACAACAAACCCUAACCCAAUAUUUGUUUAUUGUCUUUUUAAAACUUUUUCUGAAGUAAUGUAUCAAAUUUUAUAUUUAUAUUGUUUCUUCAUGUCAUUGUAAUUAAUUAUUUAUUAAAAUAUACCAAUACUUCUAAGUGU